AUGUCUUCAAGGCAGAAAACACAGAAAAAGCCCAAGGCUGCAAAGGAAGCGCAGAAGCAGACGGGGCAGCUUCCACCAUCAAACGUACUGAAGAACGUCAGCCGUGCAGCAGCAAUUCUGUUCCUAGCAGGAAUUGCUUCACCAAUUUCCCAACUCAACCUGUCGCCAGUCUAUGGAUCCAUUCCAGCAUCGUUGCACCAUCAGCGGGCCAUGACCAUCACCGCUGUUGGAGCCCUCAUCGCCCGACGAGGAUUGAAGAGAUACAUAUCUGCGGACCUGGCACAAUACAUUGCUGUUGUAGCGUACUGGACUCCAGUAAUCCAAUUCCUUCUGUUCCCGUACAGCGGAAAGCUGGGCAUCGAAUACGGCCCGCUCAUCCUCGAGUCGCUUACAUACUUUCCAUUGCUAUUUCUAUCCAUGUACGCUACAGCCGAUCUAAUGGAGUCGGUCGAUCUAUCUGAGUUCAAUCUACCUUCAUCCGUGGGAGAGGCCGCAUUGCCCACAGCAGCCUACUUCACCGUCUCAACCGUCGCAAAAACGAGCAGCACUCUUCUCCCUGACCUCAUCGGCACGUCGCUCUACUUCACUCGCAUCGGGUUCCAGAUGCUCAUUGCGUCUGCAUCUGCGGUUCUCAGCCCUUCUCGCAUCAUCCUCUUCGCAUUCCCCGCAAUCUUGCACACGCUCUGGGCCAACCCACAUCACAUGUCCGAUCAUGGUUUCCAGCUCGCAAACAGCACACUGUAUGCCGCGGAAAAUUACACGAUUCUUGCCCGUCAGGAGUCGUUGACAGGCUAUGUAUCCGUCCUUGAGAACAACGCAGAUAACGCAUUCCGCCUCCUGCGCUGCGAUCAUUCUCUCCUUGGCGGCGAGUGGCUCGUCACACCCGAAGCCUAUCGCAAAGGCCAACGUCGACCUGAAUCCAUCUUUGCUGUGUUUGUACUCCUUGAAGCCAUCCGCCUGGUGAAGCCCAUCGAUCCCUCGGUCCCUACACUGGACGACUCCCAAAAGUCCGCCCUGAACAUCGGCCUGGGCAUCGGCACUGCACCAAACGCUAUGAUCGCACAUGGCAUCAAUACCACCAUUGUCGAGAUAGAUCCCAUGGUCCAUCACUACGCCACUAAGUACUUCGGCCUCUCGCCAGACCAUACCGCAGUGAUCAGGGACGCAGUAUCCUACGUCGCCCAAAAGUCCGUCUCAAACCCUGCAAGCUUCAACUACAUCAUCCACGACGUCUUCACCGGCGGUGCAGAGCCCGUCUCCCUCUUCACAACCGAGUUCAUGCGCGGGUUGUACAAUCUGCUCAAAGACGAUGGUGUUGUCGCCAUUAACUACGCCGGCGAUUUAUCACUAGGCUCGACACGCCUGGUGCUCAACACCAUCCACGCCAUCUUCCCCGCCUGCCGUCUAUUCCGAGACCAACCUGCCCCCGAAACCCUCAAACCCGGUGAAGCGGAUUUCAUCAACAUGGUUGUCAUUUGCGUCAAGAAUGACGGCGGGAAGGGCAAAAAGGCUAUUACAUUUAGAGAGCCGCUGCAGGAAGACCUCUUGGGUAGUAUUGCUCGGCAGAACUUCUUGAUGCCUAAGGAGCAGUUGGAGGUCAAGUAUGAUUAUGUGAAGCCUGAGGAUGGUGGUAAGACGAUGGGCAAGGCUGAUGUGGGUGAGCUUGAGAGGUAUCACAAGGAGGGCGCGGUGAGCCAUUGGAAGAUUAUGAGACAGGUGUUGCCUGCGGGCGUUUGGGAGAUGUGGUGA